AUGACUAAAAUAUGUGUAGUUUGUGAAAAAGAACCUAUUCCUCGUGAUAAAAGCCGAAGUUUUCACAAAUUUCCUAAGGAUGAUGCUAGGAAACGGAAAUGGAUGUUGGCUAUAGGAAAAAAUCCUAUUUAUGAUAAUUCAUACCUCUGCAGUGAUCAUUUCACAAAUGACUCAUAUCAUCAAACUGGUGGAUAUGCAACGAUAAGGCGAUUAUUACCAAAUGCAGUCCCCAUUAAAAUAGAAAAAUCAACAUCGUCAGAUGUUACUGAUACAGUUGAUACAUCAACUAAUGAAAAUUACAUCAAAAAUGAACCUGAACAUAAAGUUUCAGGAGUGCUGAUAGAUAUUACUAAUAUAAAUGAUAUCAACGACCAACAAGAACGUGAUAAUAUCAGAUUUAACAAUCAAAGCAGAAAUUAUCCUCUUGCAAGUAAAGCUUCGACAAAAAAAUUUUGGUACACAUGUGAAGGCGGCGAAAUGGGAUACCUUGGGAGAGAACAUUCAGCCUCUGAUGCAGCAUGGGAAAGAUUUGUCGGAUUAAUGGAGUAUUUAAGCAAUCAAUCAAUACGGCGUUUCACAUAUUCAGAAUGUACAGUUUUUAUA